AUGAAGGUCAUCACCCCCGAGGAGGCCAAGGCCCACAACGCCGCCGUCGUCAGGGGCGGGCUGAUCGGUGGCACGGCAGGCCUCGCCGUUGGCUUCGUCGGCGUCCUCGCCGGCCAGCGCCGCUACGCCCUCAUCCGCAACCUCACGCUGCCCUUCCGCGCCUUCCUCGUCACCUCGGCGGGAACCUUUGGCUUCGUCAUCAAGGCCGAGAGCGCCUCCACCGAGUUCCAGCGCGCCCAGAACCCCAUGAACUUCUACCAGGACUCGAGCCAGCGCGCCGCCGAGAUCAUCCGCCAGAACAACUCGAGGUACGAGCAGUUCAUGGAGUGGGGCAACGAGAACCGCUACAAGAUCGUCUUCGCCUCGUGGAUGGCCAGCAUGGCCCUCGCCCUGGCCAUCGUCAACAGGGCGCCCAUGAGCACCAGCCAGAAGCUCGUCCAGGCCCGUGUGUACGCGCAGGGCCUGGCGCUCGUCGUGCUCAUCGUCUCCGCCGCCUUCGAGAUGAACGACGCCGCCAACGGCGACAGCCGCUGGAAGACCAUCAAGGUCCUUGACCCCAACGACCCUGAGCACAAGAGGAUCAUUGAGAAGAAGAUCCACAAGGAGGAGUACGAGGGACAAGAUCUCUGGAAGGAUAUGGUUGAGGCCGAGGAGAGGCGGCUGGCACACAAGGCCCAGAACAAGGCAUAG